CGCCGUAGACGCUGGGGACGCCAGCUUGCUCCUUCCUUUUGACGCUGGCAAAUGAUGCUGUUUGGAAAAAUUUCCCAGCAGCUCUGUGGCUUAAAGAAACUCCCAUGGUCACGUGACUCCCGAUACUUCUGGGGCUGGUUGAAUGCAGUGUUUAAUAAAGUGGAUCAUGACCGUAUCAGGGACGUGGGUCCUGACAGGGCAGCGUCAGAGUGGCUGCUGCGCUGUGGGGCCAUGGUGCGCUACCACGGCCAGGAGAGGUGGCAGAAGGACUACAACCAUCUCCCGACAGGCCCUCUGGACAAAUACAAGAUUCAGGCAAUUGACGCCACCGAUUCCUGUAUCAUGAGCAUCGGGUUUGAUCACAUGGAAGGCCUACAGUAUGUUGAAAAAAUAAGACUAUGCAAGUGUCACUAUAUUGAGGAUGGUUGUUUGGAGAGGCUUAGCCAACUUGAAAAUUUACAAAAAAGCAUGUUGGAAAUGGAAAUAAUUUCAUGUGGGAAUGUCACAGACAAAGGUAUCAUUGCUUUGCAUCAUUUCAGGAACCUCAAGUAUUUGUUUCUAAGUGAUCUUCCUGGAGUAAAAGAAAACGAAAAAAUUGUUCAAGCCUUUAAGACAUCACUGCCUUCUCUGGAGCUAAAAUUAGACUUGAAGUAAAAUAAUAUUUGAAUAAGUAUCUUAA